GCCUGCGCGGCCCGGCAUUGAGGCCCCGGCGCCUGCGCCUUGGCCGCCCAGGGCCUCCCUGAGCCAGUUGGAGCAGGUUGAACGGCGAGGCCCGGGCCCGCAGCGGGAUGGCACUGAGGCGGAUCCAGAAGGAAUACCAGGACUUGGAGCGUGACCCUCCAGCACUGUGUUCAGCCGGUCCAGUAGGAGAUGACUAUUUUCAUUGGCAAGCUACUAUCAUGGGGCCAAGUGACAGCCCUUACCAAGGUGGUGUUUUCUUUCUGAAUAUCCAUUUCCCAUCAGAUUAUCCUUUCAAACCACCUAAGGUUUCGUUUACAACGAAGAUCUAUCAUCCAAACAUUAACAGUAAUGGCAGCAUUUGCCUUGAUAUUCUCCGAUCACAAUGGUCCCCAGCUUUAACACUGUCAAAAGUUCUUCUGUCUAUCUGUUCGCUGUUGUGUGACCCAAACCCUGAUGAUCCUUUGGUACCAGAGAUAGCACACACCUACAAAUCUGACAGGGAGAAGUAAGUGUCUUGGACAGUACUUC